AUGGACCCCCACCCGACCCCUAGCCUCCAUAGCUCACCGACGACACAGCAGUCUCCUCAAGAUGAGCAGGAGAAGCUCUUGGACGAAGCCAUUCAGGCGGUCAAGGUCCAGUCCUUUCAAAUGAAGCGGUGCCUGGACAAAAACAAGUUAAUGGAUGCUUUGAAACAUGCCUCAAAUAUGCUUGGGGAGCUUCGGACUUCAAUGUUGUCUCCAAAGAGUUAUUACGAGCUCUAUAUGGCGAUCUCGGAUGAGCUCCACUACCUGGAGGUGUACCUGACCGAUGAAUUUGCAAAAGGGAGGAAAGUGGCUGAUCUGUACGAACUGGUCCAGUAUGCUGGCAACAUCAUCCCCAGGCUCUAUUUGCUCAUCACAGUUGGCGUUGUCUACGUGAAGUCCUUCCCUCAGUCCAGGAAGGACAUCUUGAAAGACCUGGUGGAGAUGUGUCGGGGUGUCCAGCAUCCCCUGAGAGGACUGUUCCUCCGGAACUACCUCCUUCAGUGCACCCGGAACAUCUUGCCCGAUGACGGGGAGCAGACAGAUGAGGAGACCACCGGGGACAUCAGCGACUCCAUGGAUUUCGUGCUGCUGAACUUCGCCGAGAUGAACAAGCUGUGGGUGCGGAUGCAGCACCAAGGGCACAGCCGAGACCGGGAGAAGAGGGAGCGCGAGAGGCAGGAGCUGAGGAUCUUGGUGGGCACCAACUUGGUCCGCCUGAGCCAGCUGGAAGGCGUCAACGUGGAGAGAUACAAGCAGAUCGUCCUGCCUGGCAUCUUGGAGCAAGUAGUGAACUGUCGGGAUGCUCUGGCUCAGGAAUACCUCAUGGAAUGUAUCAUACAGGUCUUCCCUGAUGAAUUCCACCUCCAGACCUUGAAUCCUUUUCUACGAGCAUGUGCAGAGUUACACCAAAACGUGAAUGUGAAAAAUAUAAUCAUUGCAUUAAUCGACAGGCUCGCCCUCUUUGCCCACCGAGAGGACGGCCCCGGGAUCCCCGCUGACAUCAAGCUCUUUGACAUCUUCUCCCAGCAGGUGGCCACGGUCAUACAGUCUCGGCAAGACAUGCCUUCCGAAGAUGUCGUCUCCCUCCAAGUCUCUCUCAUCAACUUGGCGAUGAAGUGCUACCCGGAUCGCGUGGACUACGUCGACAAAGUUCUGGAGACGACAGUGGAGAUCUUUAACAAGCUGAACCUGGAGCACAUCGCCACGAGUAGCGCGGUCUCGAAGGAGCUGACGAGGCUGCUGAAGAUCCCCAUUGACACCUACAACAACCUCCUCACGGUCCUGAAGCUGAAGCAUUUCCACCCGCUGUUCGAGUACUUUGACUACGAGUCCAGGAAGAGCAUGAGCUGUUACGUGCUCAGCAACGUGCUGGAUUACAACACUGAGAUUGUCUCCCAGGAUCAGGUAGACGCCAUCAUGAACCUCGUGUCAACGUUGAUCCAGGACCAGCCCGAUCAACCCGCGGAAGAUCCGGAUCCCGAAGAUUUUGCCGACGAACAAGGCCUGGUGGGCAGGUUUAUUCACCUCCUUCGCUCCGAAGAUCCCAAUCAGCAGUACCUGAUUUUAAAUACUGCCCGGAAACACUUUGGUGCUGGUGGAAACCAGCGUAUCCGGUUCACGUUACCACCAUUGGUGUUUGCUGCCUACCAGCUGGCCUUCCGCUACAAGGAGAAUGCUAAAGUGGAUGACAAAUGGGAGAAGAAAUGCCAGAAAAUCUUCACCUUCGCCCACCAGACCAUCAGCGCGUUGAUCAAGGCGGAACUGGCCGAGCUUCCGCUGCGACUUUUCCUCCAGGGGGCGCUGGCGGCCGGGGAGAUUGGGUUUGAAAACCACGAAACGGUGGCCUACGAAUUCAUGUCCCAGGCGUUUUCUCUGUAUGAAGACGAAAUCAGCGACUCAAAGGCGCAGCUGGCCGCCAUCACCUUGAUCAUCGGGACCUUCGAGCGCAUGAAGUGCUUUGGAGAGGAGAAUCAUGAGCCUCUGCGGACUCAGUGCGCCUUGGCCGCUUCCAAGCUGCUGAAGAAGCCGGACCAGUGCCGGGCUGUCAGCACCUGCGCCCACCUCUUCUGGUCCGGCCGCAACACAGACAAGAACGGGGAAGAGCUUCAUGGAGGGAAGCGAGUCAUGGAGUGCUUGAAAAAGGCGUUGAAGAUCGCCAAUCAGUGCAUGGACCCUUCGCUCCAAGUGCAGUUGUUCAUAGAAAUUCUGAACCGAUACAUCUACUUUUACGAGAAGGAGAACGAAGCGGUGACAAUUCAGGUUUUGAAUCAGCUUAUACAAAAAAUCCGGGAAGACCUCCCAAACCUGGAGUCGACCGAGGAAACAGAACAGAUCAACAAACAUUUCCAAAACACACUGGAGCACUUGCGCCUGAGGAGAGAGUCGCCGGAAUCGGAGGGGCCGAUUUACGAAGGCCUGGUGAUUUAGAUGGAAGUUUCCACGCGCACACUCAUCCCACGUCGAUCAUCUAUUCCACUUACCACCAAGUUUGUCAAGUUUUUUU